AUGCCACAGACUGUUAGCAGCCGGAUUGCAGAAUGUUGCACUGCUGCCGAUAGCGAUGGCGGGAGCGCGCAGUUAUGCGUUGUGAGUAUUGGCUUCGAUAUUGAGUGCAUAACAGCCAAUAUUGUGCGCCGUGUGGUGGAAGCUUGCAACCUACCGUCACCCAAUGCAUGUGUUUCAUGUGUUGUUCUUCCUGACGGUACGGGGGAUAGCGUCCUUCUACGAGUGGCAAGCACACUCACUCGCAUUCUUUCUAAUAAUGAUAGUACUGUUCGUAAUGAUAACUCGGUGGCAGUGGUGAAUGUACACGCCGUGUUAGAGGGAACCAUGCCGCGGCAACGUUGCACUUACUACCAGAGUGGAGGUAUUGUGGUGUUAUGCAGCCGAGUAUUGUGCGCUGAUUUGCUGCAUCGCCGCGUUGCGCGUGAGUUGAUUGGGUGCGUUGUGGUGCUGUUGCGGAGGCAGCGGGUGGAUGGCAUCGCUCAUACAGUGGGUUUUUGUGCCGAAAUCCUUCUUCGAGGUGGAGGACCCCUCCUCCUUCCGACACACCGAAAGCAUCCACCCUUCGUCCUUCUUUCUGAUGAUCCCUUUUUUGUGCGCUACGCCAUUCAGCAUCCGCGGGUUCGGCAGGAGCCCUUUCUAGUUCAGGUACGCGUAGAUAAUGUGCUGCUGUUUCCACGCUUUCGCCUGGACAUCAUGCGACACUUUGAAAAUGUGGCGUCUCAGCGACCACUAAUAGUGGACCGCUUCACCGUUAAUAUGGCUAGGACGACUUACAUUCUUGAUGACUUGCUCUGUAAGGUUAUCAUGGAGAUUGUGACAGAACUUCAUGAGGUGUGUAAACGUAUGGGUCCUUCAGGCUGUUGCCGAAACCACAGCUGCUUUCCUAAUUCUAAUGACCAAGCACCCAGAAACGCGCAUAAGAGAGGCGCGUCUAAUACCCGUAGUGGUAUCGCUGACGGUGAUGAACCGCACUCCCGACUGGACCCCUUAUCGCAGCGUCAGAGGUUGGACCACUGUUCCGGAGGUCAACCCAACGGAUCACCCCCCGGCUACAGCAGAAAACCGUGGGUGGUGUCUGCGAAGCGGGCUGUCAUUAACUUUGCCGGUAUUUUGUACGAGAACGCGAUAAACAUCAAUGAUCGAAGUUUGGAUGAUGAUCUUCACUAUGCAUUAAGAACACAUGACACAGGCUGGCCAUACGGGAAACUGUGUGAAAGUCUUAUCGACCUGAGAAAACUUCGGCGCAUAGUGCGGUCCGGUUCUCCCUAUGCGGCCGUGCUGGAGUUGGAAGAGCUACUGAUGGAACGAACCCCUCGGUUUGCAGGUCCUAGUUUGAGAACAGGGUGGGCGACGGUUCAGCAUCCGGAUGCCCUUUGGACACUGUCUCAGCACUUUUCUUCCAUUACGAAACUCUUCGUGUACCGUAUAGGUGAGGUGAAGGAGGUGAGCAACACCACCCCACAAUGUGGCGGUUGCACGUCUAGAACGUAUAUCAACGUGGACACUGCGACCCCAGCCAGUGUGGAGGAUGAAGACUCCAGCAAGGUCAUUGUCAUUGAUGGUGAUGAUACCAACACCGACAGUGGCACUGACGAUGAUGAUGAUGACGACAACGAUGAUGUACUCUGUGUGUCAGAAGUUAGGCCCAAGCGCUUUCUUGUUCCCCGGGUUGACGAGGUGGAUCCAUGCAUGGAGCUUACAAAUCGGCUCACAAUGAACUGGGGGAGAGAUGCACAUCGCAAACAAGUGAUUGGGGCAUCUGCUUUGUCUUCAGACGAUCCGCUGAAGGUAAAACCACGGGUUUUGAUGGUUGUUGUGUUUGGUCGUAUGGCUUUCCAGCGGUACUCCUGUCGGCUUGCUUAUUCACUGGCCGACUUCCAGGCGUUGGACUUGGAUUGUUUUGUGACGAUGUACCAAGGAAGGCACGGUGCAAAACAGCAGCGGUACACACAGAAUCCAACACCAGAGGCUUCCGAUGCGGCGAAGCUGCGUACAUGGUUUUUUCAUCACAAAGUAGAAAGUGUGGAUGAUGAUGUCGAGCACAAAGCAGGUGAGGGUGCCGACGACGAUACCGAGAAGCAGGGUGGCUUGGAUAAUUCCACUACUUUCUCAAAAGACCCCAGCUUCCUUUUUUCAGAUAAAUGUAGUGUCUUGGGAGGGCCUCGCGGGAGUGACAACGUCGGUUUGAGCACAUCCACAGAUGGUACAUCGCAUUUAAAUGAAAGUGGUCGCAACUGCGGCCAUAACGGCGUAUCCUUGCAUCGCUUGAUUAUGAAACAAGGCCAAUCACUGUCGUCCAUGCAUCGCUCACAAGGAGGUUUGCGGAAUGGGAGCGAUGGACUAACGGACGCCGUAACAGCUUCGGCGGCGCCUGGAUCGAGCACUUGCAUCUUGAAGUUUGACUAUGCUCGGGACAGUGUUGCACGGCUGACUUUCCAUUCGUGUGAAGGUGACUCUUCACCAUCGGCACUGCCACUGCACGUGGCUGUGGUGGAUGGGAACAAAUUGUGUGUGUCAAGUCUCGUUGAGUUCAUAAAGGGGACACACAGUGCACUCACUCCUGAUAGCACCGAUGACGACGGGGCGCCUGCUGAUUCAUUGAGGGUAGUCAGGAUUAUUGUCGUUGAGCAGCAGCUGCGUUUCAUGCGUAUGCUUGAGAUGGCACAAGAUGUGUUAUCACCUCAACAUUUGAAAAAUCUUCGCGUUCAGGUUUUGGUGGAGCGAUCGCCUGCGUCAUCGUCUGCACCUUCAUCGCAAACUGGCGGCGGUACUCUUCCUGAGGAUCCUGUGGUGGCUGAGGAGCAAGAAGCUUUUGCCGCGCUCGCGCAUGCGAAGGCAACCCUUCCGGCAACGCUAAUCGCUGAUCGAAAUGCCGUUCGUUUAGUGGAGGAGCGUCUCGAUUCUGCCGUACUCGACGAGGGGCGAGUCCGCAGGGGGCGCCGCCCUUCCCGGAAUGGUUUGACUUUGCUCGUUGAAGAUGAAAAUACCAACGGUAUUUCAGCAAAGGGUGGCAGUGGAGGAGCUCCCCUUGUUGUGUUUGAUGAGCGUGAAUUUCGGUCUAGACUGCCUUAUGAACUGUACUGCCGUGGAAUUGACUUAGUCCCACUAACUCUUUUGACCGGAGACUAUGUUCUUUCUCCAACUUACGCGCUUGAGCGCAAGAGUUUGCUAGACUUCAUUCACUCACUUCACACUGGACGUGUUAAUUCCCAGCUUUCACGUCUUUCCCGGUCUUAUGAUCACCCUAUGCUACUUAUUGAGUUUGACCGCAGCACUCCCUUCCGACUCUCCUUUGGACUCGCUGGCAGUGUGGGAGAACAUAGUGAGACCGGUUUGUUUUCUCGAAUCGCUCGGAUCUUCACUUCCUUCCCGCGGGUACACGUAAUCUGGACUCGUGAUGCAACACAGUCCGCAAGUUUCAUUCAUUCUAUGAAACGCACAUGCGCUAGUGAGUCGAUUGAUCCGAGUGCCCCAUAUUUGACUUGCGCAACUGUUGAUUACUAUUGCCCAGCGGGGGCAAAGGAAUCUUCGCAUUACGCCACUCGCGUGCUUUCCUGCUUUCCGGGGGUUACACCAAAAAAUUUGCAGCGUGUCAUGGCACUUUGUGGUUCGCUAGCCGGCUUGGGAACCGUUGAAGAAGAGGCCCUUGCAGGUGUAAUGGGGAGCGCUGCUGCCAGGGAACUUUAUGCCUUUAUACAUGGGGAAUCUGUGCCACCUACUCAGACAUAA